GCGGCAAGUAUUUCCGUGUCCUGUAGGCAACAGUCUAUAAUCUAUAAACCCAUUGCUCAUUCGCUGGUUACAUCCCGCCAAAAUAACGGUCACAUUCGCAUAUAAAUUACUGAUUUUCGUUACGCAUGUACCAACCAGGCGUCCAUCUCGCAAUGGUGCAACCUCAUGGUCUUCACAUUUUCGUUGAAGCAGCGAGUGGUUAGGAGCGCAUCGGAUUUAAGUAAUAGAUACAACUUGGUGUUUUAUCUCCAACCCAAUCCAAUGAAUCUAACACAAUCGACAAAUUUGCGUCGUGAUGAGGAAUCAAGAUCUACACGUAACGAAGAUGACCGUUUACUUAUGCGAUUGAGGAGCAAAGAGGAAAAGUCAAGGCGUAGACGAGAAUGGAGGCAUCAACAAGAAUUGGAAAGACAACAUGAAAAAUUAAAACGACAAAUGAUAAUUAACUAUGAGAAAAAACGCGCAGAAGCUAUGAAAUUCAAGCAACCAUCUUCACAUCAUAGUCGAAGCAAAAGCAGCAGUAAGUCGCCAUCGUAUCAUCGACACAGAGAAAGAUCCCCAUCGGAAGCUCCCAAAUCUAACACUAUAUUCAAAACAUUAGAUCGGUCCGCAAGUGGGGCAGUACCUUUAUUCAAGGGUCCUGAGGGCACACAGAUUAGUACUGCAGAAUUACGUCGUAUUAAAGUUGACAUUCGUAGGAAUAUUCCUGCAAAAGGACAAGUUACCGAACUACAACGGGAUAUACUUAAUCCCGAGGAUGUGAUCCUCAAGAGAAGAGAGGGAGAAGGAUCUAAGCCGAUAUUUGAGAGGGAUGAAAUAAAGGUAAUUGGUGAAGUGGAGGAACGACGUACGGUUGUAGCCAUAGAUAGCGAACAAUCAGUUUCAGCAGGCAAAAUACGAAUUUCUAAAAGACGUUCGUCAUCGUUGAGCCCUAUUAGGAAUCGCAGUUACAGUCCUGGAUACUUAUCUUCCUAUCACACCAGAUAUCGAAGUGCUGAGUCAAAAGAUCAUGAUAAAAGGAUAGAAUAUACCGACUAUCAUAAAAGAGACAGACAUAAUAAUAUACAGAAACAUGAGGACUAUAAAAAGGAAUAUACGGAUAGAGAUGUAAAAAGGCAUGACAGUACUCGUUCAAGUUCUAGAGAACGGGAUACAAACAAUUCCCAUUCUAGGUCUAUUAUAGAGAAUAGAUCUUAUCGCAGCAGCCGAUAUCGAGAUAGAUCGGACGAACGAUCUCGAGAAAGAAGAGAUAGAGACAGAGAUAGGGAUAGGGAUAGAGAUCGAGAUCGAGAAAGAGAUAGAAAUAGAGGCCGAUCCAGAGAUAGGAGAGAUCCAGCACCACAUUAUGUUGAACACGUACCAGUGCCUAUUUAUUAUGGUAAUUUCCCUCCGAGACCAUACAUGGUAAGUCCCAUGGUCACAAUUCCUAGGGGACAGGUUCCUCCUCUAGGAAGAGGUCGGCACCCCCCUUUAAUGGGACCAGUUAGACCAUUCCCACCACGAUUUGUUCCGCCUGAUAUAUAUAGAAUGGGACCUCCAGCUCCAAAUCCGAGAUAUGGACCUAUGUUCGGAUAAAACUCGGAAACAGAUGGAAUUCUUGUUCUUUAGUUCACUUGCAGGCAAGUCGGAUCAUGAUUUAAUUUUCUCUCCGGGACAUAUGCGUUUACAAAUUUCUGUGGUAAAAAAUUUAUAUUGAUUUAUAUGAAUUGUAUUAAUUGUAUUAUACAUGUGCGUUUGUUAUAAUAAAUUUGGGAUG